GUAAUCCAAUUGGCUCAAAAUUGUUCCAUGACUGUUCCUCCCGCAUGCAGAUUGACAAGGUGGAAAAUUUGGGAAUUUUGUGAGCUAACCCGAAGUGACGCUUAGUUCGCCAAGUGUCGGUUAUCCUCCGGUGAAGAUGCCCUUAGUCUUGGGCCUGUGUGCAUCAGCCCCUGUGAAGUCCAUGGAGAGAUAUGAGUAAAAACUAUGCACGGAUUGAAAUGGACCUGGCUUUUGGAUCAGCCAAGCCUUAUGGGUCCUCACGCAGUAUUGUCAGAAGAAUAGCAACUAGUCUUCCUCUUAAACCCUGCCCAAGGGUCCAUUUUCAGCUUCAUCCUUAUAAUGAGGACGCUGGUGUCCUGAAUGAGGCCAGGAGGCAGAACUGUGUCGUGGCCUCUCUGGCUGAUGUCAGCUGGAUUGACAGGGAUGAGGAAUGCGACGAAGACUACUUUGGGAGACCCAGGUCAGGACCAGGAACGGGGCUCGUGUUCCGAUCCCACCAGCCUCACCCUCACAGGAGACCCCUAACCCGACGAAGGUCAUUACCCAGCCUGCACAAGGUGGAGCCAGACCCCCAGGGGCCGACAGUUGCCAACGAUGAGGCCAUUCAGAAGAUCAGCGCACUGGAGACAGAACUUGCCAAACUCCGAGCUCAGAUUGCACAGAUUGUGCUGGCUCAGGAGAAGACCACACAGCCAGCUCCUGCCACUGGGACCCCUCCACCUCCUCCUCCACCCUGUGGUGCCCUGCCUCCACCUCCUCCUCCCCCACCUCCUCCUCCUCCUCCUCCACCCCCCAGCCUGCAGCGCACCUUCUCAGCCAUUGACUUGAUAAAGGAGCGCAGAGGGAAGAAGAUGGACUCCCAGACAAUUUUGGAUUCAGGGCCCAAGCCGGCAGAAAUCCCCAGCAUGCUCGACGUGCUGAAGGACAUGGACAAGGUGAAGCUGCGAUCAGUCAAAAGAUCAUCGGAAGUUACUGCCAAGCCCAGUGAGCCCAUAGAUGCUGCAGCUCUCAUCGCCGAGGCCCUGAAGCGCAAGUUUGCCCAUCGGUAUCGGCACAACAGUGAACAGGAUGACAAGGAUGAUUUCAAAGUCCCUGCCCCAGAAGUGAAACCGCGAACAGAAACCCCCUUGUUUGGGCAGCACAUGCUGAAACCAACUGGAAAAAGGAAGCUCCUCUGAACAAACGUGUGGUUCACUGAUGAAUGAUGGUUCUGAAUGAGAGGUCCAGAUUGACCAUGGACACUCUGACGUGCCUUAUCUUUGUUUGUUUUGUUUGUUUGGAACGAUAAAGGAUUCUUCCUGAACCCGACGGCAGGCUGCUCAUCUCUGGUCAUCGCCUAGUGUGUAUCCAGCAGUCAUGACCAUCUACAUUAUCUUUGCACUUUGAUAACUUCUGGUGUUCACUUUUGUUGUAGAACCAUGUGUUAUUUUGUUUGUUUAGCCAAAUGUCUUCUGUUUUUCUCGUCAGGAGUUUAACAUAAAUGUGCUUUAAUGACAAAUGAGAGAAAACUAUAUUAGAGGCACGUAAGUGCAUGUUGUAGUCAGUACGAUAGAAUCCUUUUUAGGUUAUUAAUUUUAUUGUUUCAUCAUUAGUUUGUUAGUUUUGUUGAAAUUGAAACACAGGAUGAUUUAUCAUUUUUGCAUUCCCUCUUUUGUAGGGUCUGUGAAAACUUAGAGCUCAUCUAGUGCAGAGGAAAGGGAGCGCUUCAUGAAACUCUCACUUGAGGAAUACUGUGUCAUAUAGUUUGUGUGAAAUGCCUUGUAGUCAGUCUAAUUUAUGAUUGGGGACCAUCUAUUUAUGUUACAGUGUAAGUAAAUAAUCUAGAUUUUAUUUAACACAGAUAAUGUCAGCAUUUAUCCAGUUAUUGAUUCUAUCAAAGCGUGCACAGUGUUUUUUUUUUUUUGGAUUUUAGGGAAACCUUGUCAGCUUUAAGGUUUCUGUUGCAUUGAACACCUGUUGUAUUGAAAACCCGGUCAAGUCUCAAUGUGAGGUCUGAAGGACCUUGUUUUAUUGUUGUUGACUCUUUAUGUUGCCUCUUAGCUGCCAGUUUUGACAAUAUUAACUACAUAACUUGGCUUUUGCGGGUUCAGGUGUAUGCAUGCCAGUUUUAAUUGCCAGUGUUCAUCUCACUUCUUUGAGCUUCUGCUCCACAACCAAAAAUAUUCCAGUGGUGCUCUGAGCUUCUUUUAUUGUCAAACAUCAACUUUUGUGCCCCUUUCCCUUCUAAUUUGCCAUAACCCCGCAAAGUCUAUGUUUAUAGAUUAUUGAUGGUACCGUUUCAUGUCUGAUUUUUUUGCUAUCAGUCAGCACUGUGCUCCCUUGAUGAGAUUUGACUCUCCCCCCUUGAAAACACAAAAGGCUUUCGUCAGACUGGUUUCAAAGUAUUAUCUUCAUACUGGAAAAAUUCCUUAUUGUAUUUUUCUCCAGUGGCACCAAAGUACAGAAUCUUGAAUCCUUUUUUUUUUUUUUUUUUUAAAUAAAGAAGAGUCUUGGGUACCUGCAACUUCAAUAAUGUCCCAAAGGAUUUAUGCUUUUAUGCCAGUAAUCAUGUUGGUAGAGUAAUAUCACAUUUUCAAGCUGGCAUCUUAUUUUGGCACAAAGCUCUCUAAAAUGUUGUGCCUAUGCUACAGUGUAUACUGUGUUUGAUUUCCCUUCAUCACAGGAGGAUGACUGUCCUCAGGCAGUAUUUUGUUCAGUAUGACACUAAUCUGUAAGACCUGUGUUCAUCAUGAUUGCACAUAUUAUCCUUAGCAUUUCUGUUCACAAUUUAUGCAGCUGCCGCUCCAAAUCAGCUCUAUUAUUAGUGUUCAUAAGGGAAGGUGGACUGAGUGUGUCAGUAACUUAAAAUCCUCAUUGUUUUUUUAGAUCUGUAUGAAGAGGCCUGUCUUCCACAUAAAUUGCUAUAAGCUGACUUGAAUUGUCAAAUCUCCAAAUAAAGGAUACUGGAAAUCUCAA